UCCACCUUCUUUCUCACCCAUUCAUUUCACUUUACUACUUCAUAUAGCUUAGAUAGUCUCAGCACAAUAUAGAUAGCAUUCAAGGAAAUGAAGACCUUAUUCCUGAGAUCCCAAUUCUACCUACUUCGCUGCAACAGUAGUUUCAUCAAUUCAGCUUCACGUCCUCCACUUCUCAUUCCCAUCAAAACCCCAUCAUAUCCAAAAAUCUCUGGAAAAUCCAAUCAUAUAAACGAGCCUCUAAGCUUAGAAAUCGUACCCAAAUGCCAAAAAAUCUUGAAGGAGGAUCCUCUUCAAGUUUCCCCACAUGGGAAUUCAAGGGUUGUGAUAAUAGGAGCUGUUUCUUUAGGAUUGGUGCUGUUUCUUAUGGGGAUGGAUGGCCAGAAGGCGUUGGCUCUGGGUCCAGAGGGGCCUCUGAUGGAGGAGUUUUGGGAAAAUGUAAGGAGAUAUGGUCUUUAUGCUCUCACAGUAAGUACAGGUGCUCUUUACACAAUUUUCCAACCUAUAUUCGAGUUGCUCAAGAACCCCAUCUCUGCAGUUCUAGUUCUAAUCAUCUUGGGGGGAGGAAUUUUCAUUAUCUCUCAAGUUGUUUCUGCUAUGGUUGGUGUCACUGAUUUCGCUUAUGAGUAUGCAUAUUAGAUUGUAAGUUUACUUAAUUUAUGAAGAGGUUUCUUUGCCUUGAUUUUGCUUGCUACCUUCUUUUUGGCUAGUCCCUUAGCAGAAGCAAGUUGUGAGAAUUGGGAAAUCGAGUUGCUCACCUUAUGUUUAAAUGUUCUCAAGAUGAAAGAGUACAUGUUUUUCUUUUGGGAUUUGGCUUA